AUGCUCUACCAUCUCGGCCAGACCUUCUGCCUCUGCACCGGCUUGCAACACUCCUCACAUUUCACCCUACUUCACGAGGAGCAAGACACAACCCGCUCCUCUCAGGAGGUCCAGCAGGCGCAAGGUGCCGCGAUUGCCGAAUCUCACCGACCCCAAGUUUUUAAGAUCUGUCAUUGGCAGCGUUGGCCAGAAGAGAGCCCGCAGGCGUGGCAAGCAAAAGAAGACUCCAGCGGGAACAGGAAAAGGGGUGAGGGCUAGGCUAGAGGCAAGAAGGCUCCAAAGCUAUUUGCGGGGUGGGAUUGCUUUGGAAGAUGCCUUCUCACAAUCUCUACCCUUGAACAUAAGAAGUGCCUGCUGGAUGAGGCCACAUUGGCCUGUCUAGUCCAGCAUCCUGUUCUCACAGUGGCCAACCAGAGGCCUGUGGAAACAAGAGCAUUCUGUAUUCCCUUCCUGCAUCUUCCAGCAACUACUAUUCACAAAGGUUACUGCCACUGACUGUGGAGGUAGAGCAUAGCCAUUGUGCCUAGUGGCCAUUGAUAGCCUUCUCCUGCAUAAAACCAUCCAAGUUGGUGGCCGUCACAGCUUUCUGUGGGAUUGAGCUUCCAGAGGGGUAUCUGAGCAUGCCUGCUGCAGGAAAAACAGGCAUUAAAAGCACAUUUCUCCCAAAGAAUCCUGGGAAUUGCAGUUUGUAAAGGGUGCUACAAAUUGUAGCUAUGCGGUAGAAGGGUAAUCUACAGUUUCCUAGGAUUUUUACAGGGGAGAAGCAAUAAUGCUUUUAAUGUAUGGUGUGUACACAGCCUCAAAUUAGCUCCACUAGCUCUGUAAUACUAGAGCAAAGAUUAUAAUGCAUAUUGUUGUUGUACUUUUAUAAAUAUUAUAAAACCCAUUCCUGCAAGCCAUGUAGUCUGGAAUAAACUCAGUCACCCCUCCCAUCAUUUAUUGUUUCUACUAGCUGGGGAGGGGUGUUGGAUCUUCUUCCCUGCCUUGAAGAAAGGCGCAGGUCAGAUGUGUGCCCAGACCUGGCCACGCUUCGCAAGAGAGGUGUGUUGGUUCAAGGUGGCCACGCUGCCUGCAACUUGCACUCCUUCCUGACGUGUCUUCCCCAAACCCCUUCUUCCAGAGGCUGUGUUGAAGUUUUCCAUCGCGUGGAACACAAACUCGUGGAACUACCUCGAGGCUCAGGCAGUGGUGGAAACCCUCCUCAAGCAUGAGACGCCAGAGAGCCUCUUGCAAUGUGAAGGGAUCAAAGCAGCUGUGGAGUCUCUCCUACCAUACACGGCACUUCCAGAGGCUGGGCCGGUUACUGCAGGCCUCCAUGUUCCUUGA